AUGGUAGCAGCUGAGGAGGCGUCAGAGGUGAGCGGCCGGGGAGGAAGCGUCGGAGGACGGCAGUCAACGACAUGGAUUAAGCGUCGACAUUUGGUGUGGCCGGAGAAGACGACAUCUGGUCGGAGAUGGAGACCACCAGAGGAAUCAGGAUGUAAACGGGAGUUCUGGAGUAGGGUAGCGAAUUUAUUUCAAAAUAUCAUUGUUUUGUUCUUAUAUGUGCACAGAAGUACUGAAAAAACCAACUGGAAAUUAGGGCUUUUCUUUUCCCCAAUUCAUAGAGGGAUUAAAUUUGUUUUUUUGGUUAAGAUCGUUUGUAUAAGGAUUACCAGGUGGAUCAUAAGUUCACCAUUACAACCUAUUCUGAAGGAUUCAUUAAUAAUGGAGAUCGGUUCGCACAUACCCGAUUUCAACACUAAGUUUACUUUUCACAAACCCGAUUCCGACACUAAGUUUAUUGGGGAUGGAGAGAGCCUUUUGGCACAGACAUUAUUGUCAAUGGUAAGGGUUGGAGUUGAACAAGAGGCAGUCAUCGUCACGUUUGAGGAUCUCACUCUUCUUAAUCCAAGCGGUCUUUUCACUCUUGAAGUCUAUCUUUCAUUUUUGCGGAUGCAACACGGAGGCACUGAAUUUGAUAUUCCAUACAGCAGCAUACGUGAAAUUUUCGUUUUGCCUAAGUGUAGACGACCAUUUACCUUUGUUGUCAUUACUUUGGAUCCUUCCCUCAAUAAUUUCAAACUUUGUUUCCACUUUGAAAGCUAUUAUGUGGUGGAAAAAUUCUUGAUGAUGAAUCCGGAUCUAUAUGCUAUAUACAAAGACAAGUUACAACCCUCUUAUAAGGGAGUUAUUCAUGAAGUUUUCACCACCAUCUUGCAAGGAUUGUAUACGAUAAAACUGACUAAGCCUGGAGAGUUUCGUAGUUGUGAGGAUACUUAUGCUGUAGCAACAGCGAUAAGACUUCUAAAUGGUCUCAUUUACCCUCUUGACAAGUGUUUUUUCUUUUUGCCAACACCUCCUAUUCUCAUCUAUUAUGACGAGAUUGACUAUGUAAAAUUCGUAAGAGACGUUUAUGCAGGAUUAAACAAGCAUCGUUACCUUGAUUUCGUUGUUAAACUCAAGACGCACAAAAAGCAUGUUUUUUGUGGCAUAUCCAGUGAGGAAUACGAUAACCUUUUUGAUUUUAUCAGUUCAAAGGGCAUACAUAUUAGAAGCUUGGAAAGUGCCCAAGAGUCUCAUGAGGAGGAGCAGCUAGCCUUGUCUUCCAUUUGAAAACAUGAACGUGUAUGGGUGUGUGUGUGGAUGUGUGUUUUAAAACUUAAUAUUUAUUAGGAUCAUAUAAAUAAAGCCUGAUCCAAAGAUAGUCUCUGGAUGUGCUAAACAGAGUGUUUGAAUGUGUUUAGUUAUGCUUACUGAAGCAGUAAUAGUUUUUCUAAACUAUUGCAUGGUUCAAAUGGUGGGAUC